AUGAUGAACAUUCACGCUUUGGUUGUAGUGGUUUUUUCUUGUUAUAUAAAACUUGAUGCGGUUCCACCAGAGGCUUGUUUCGCAAAGUUUAGAUGGGAAAGCUGCGGGGGGCCUCCAGAGCGUGUGUUCUACUACUGGAAACCAGGAUCAAGAUGUGAGGUUGGAAUCUGGCAAGGAUGUCUCCCGAACUUGAACAUGUUCAAAGAUGAGUACGAGUGCGUCUCAACCUGUAUCUUCGGUUCGAGGGCCUUGGCUCCGGAUUAUCAUGUGAUCCUUGAGGAAACCACUGAAGCAACUACUGAAUUUGAGACAACAACGGAACUCGAUACUACAAACGCAACAAAUACUGAAGAUACAGGGAGUACAGCUGGGCUUAAUGUUACGGAGACAGAACCAGCUGGUGGGAACAGUACGGGUGGAGGUGCGAAUACAACAGCAACAGGAUAA